AUGCACGACAGCAUAAAAUUCAAGACAAAGUCUGGCAGCGGAAUUGUCCUUGUGUCGAUCUUCAUGAUGCUUGCGACUAUGUGGCUUAUGGCGACGACGAUUCAUGGAAAUGAAGCAAUUUGCUUUGCUGUAGUCGGUGGAUUGAUUCAAUCUGUCUGUGGAUUUGCUGUUGGACUAGGGAAGAACUGCAAGGAAAAACGAUCACAAGAAUGCUUUACAAAGUUCGACUUUUGCCUCAUGAUGGCGUUGACAGCUGCGACGAUUCUAUUCAUUUUAUUUUGGAUCCAUCAAUUCUUUCAACUCGGCGUUCCCGAUGAUGCUUAUUCCUAUAUGCAAUUGCAAUUUAUCAUCGGCCUGCUUUAUUUGCCGAUCCUCGGUAGUUACUAUCUCCGAACUUGCUUUGACGAUGGCGUAAGUAACCGACCAAGUGCCGAAGAAAUACUCGCAGAAUAUGGCAACACGGGAGGCCGAAAAUUCUCCAUGCAAUCGAAUCACUCGAGAAGCUCUGGAACCAACAGCCGAACAAAACUGAAGCGAUCUUCCUCAAGAUGA